AUGACUCCAAUCAAGUAUGUCCCGCUCGAGGGAAGCGCUUCGGAUGUGCAGGAGCGAUUCUCUGCCGGAUUCAGACAGCGAAAGUCAUUCCGAAAAUAUGUGUGGGCUUUCAUGCUUCUAGCCGGCGUGUCGUUCUUUGUUUGGAAUCACUGGAUUCAUGAGGAGCCUCAAAGGCCUGGAAGGCAUGUAUUCGGCCACUACGCGCCAAAGACGAACAUUUGGGCCGACCUGGACGAGGCUGAAUUUGAAGACAUUUUAACAUUUUUGUUUGAAGAGCCCAAUGACCUGAAUCUAACGAAAAAGGACAAGGCUGGGCCAUGGGAUAACCACAUUGCCAUCAUCGAAGCUCUUGUUCCAAAUAAAACCGAUGCACUGAAGUACCUCGAUUCUGAUGCAGCUGAGGCACCACCACGUUAUGCGCGUGUCAUUGUCAACCGCGGCGCAACUGAGCAGGCUAGCAUUGACGAUUACAUGGUCGGUCCUCUGCCAACUGGUCCGAAUACGACUAUCACUCCUUUGUCGUGGGUGUACAAUUCUGGCCGGAAUUCCGUCAAAAACCCCUUGCCGAACUAUGAGGAUAUUGUGCUAUGGUUUGCGGAACUGGGAGCGGAAUUGUCUGACAUGAUUGACGACCUGCUCGGUGAAGUUAUUAAUCCUGAACCUACAGAGAAGAUACCGCCACUGAUGGCGGUAUCUCGACCCGCUGCAUUCGAAAAUGGCACGAUUAGCUCCUGGGCACGAGUUCAUUCCACGGGCCUUAGAUUUGAUGCAUGGAGUCUGCUGGCGCAGGGCAUGUACUGCAGAUUUGAGAUCAUGGGCAGAGACAGCAGCAACUGGGCUAUUCGUGAAUGGUUUUACGACGGGAUCCUUUACAACUCUACCGAAUCGUUUCGAAAGGCCUGGCAGGCCGGAAAUGUGAGGAAGAUACCACCCAACGUCGACGGUGACUGGUCCGCAGCCGAGCCGAGCGAAAAAGGCGUCCCAGAGAGAGACAUGGUCGCUCCAGUCAUGAUACAACCCGGUGGCCCUCGUUAUCGAAUUGAUGAGAAAGAACGACAUAUCACGUGGCUUGGUUGGUCCUUCUACGUCAACUCGCUACAGGCUAUCGGGCUCGGCCUAUGGGACGUGAAGUUCGACGGUGAGCGGAUUCUAUAUGAACUUGGAUUGCAAGAGGCCAUGGCUCACUACGCGGGAAAUGAUCCACUAGCUGUUGGGAUGUACUGGCUUGACACGCUGUUCGGAAUGGGGUUCAACUCCUACGAACUUGUACCAGGCUACGACUGCCCUGCGUAUGCAACAUUUUUGCCGAUGAGUUUUCAUCAAGGCGAGCAGACUAUUGUUCGAAAAAAUAGUCUCUGCGUGUUCGAAUGGACAGCUUCAGACCCCAUUCAGAGGCACACCUCUCAGACACAUGUAACAGUAAGCCGUAAUAACUACCUCAUUGUCCGACACGUCGCUACGGUAGGCAACUACGAUUAUACUAUCUCAUACAUUUUCUACCUCGAUGGAACGAUGGAAGUAAAGGUACAAGCAUCAGGCUAUAUCUUUGGAGCUUACAACAGUCUCGAGGCUAUGCGAACGGACAUGAAAUCCAAGCGUUCCGAGCAAGCUCAAUACGAGUAUGGGUAUCAAAUCCACGAUUUCGUAGCAUCAUCUAUGCAUGACCACGUAAUCAGCUUCAAGGCAGACUUCGAUAUUGUAGGAACGCAAAAUACGUUGUAUCGAGUCAAUGUGGCGCCAUUUCAUAAGACAUACCAAUGGGAGGAUAGCUUGCAUCGUUCAACCAUGCGUCUUUUUCAUGAAGCCUUGAGUGAAGAGGGAGGAUUAGAUUGGCCAGCUAAUUCGGCAGCCAUGUAUGUGCUACUUAACAAUGAGAGCACGAACGCUUGGGGAGAAAAGCGCGGGUACCGGAUCACUCCCGGUACCGGUAUGGGGACACCACCGCACCUUACCAUUCACGCUUCACCGGGCAUGGCAAAGGCUGCGUCCUGGGCAUAUCAUGAUCUCUGGUUGCUGAAACAUCACGAGCAAGAGCGACGUGGGGCACACGAGUAUAACGCUAUGUAUCCAGAAGACCCGCUGAUCGACUUCGGCAAGAUGGUUGACGGAGAGAAGACGUUGCAGGAAGACCUAGUGGUAUAUUUCAAUCUCGGAAGUCACCACGUGCCGCAUAGCGGUGAUGUGCCCAACACACUAAUGCAUACAAGUGGGAGCAGCGUCAUGUUCGUGCCAAUGAAUUUUCACGAUCGCGAUCCGAGCAGGGAACGAGCGCAAGGAGCGAAGUUGACGAUGCAGCAAGAUGGCACCAGCAAAGGAAGCGAUGUCCAGUAUUUCGGUGGGCAAUACAAGAAAGCUGUCAACGUGCCUCUCGCCCAGCUCGAACCAGAUCUUUCCAAGUACACAGUGCCAGACCCGUCUGCAAUAGACCUCUCAUGGAACUCGACUCUGGCGGCGCUAUGACGGAUCUGAUGAUAAUUGCAAUGCCAGCACCGUUGGGUCUCCCAACGGUGCCAGUUCAGCUUUUGUGCUACGUUGAUAGAUGUGCACCCUAUCUAUUCAAAAAACAUCGGUUAUGAGAACAGGCCAGGUUCCUCGAUUCAGAUGUUGAAGUAAAGAACGAAAUCAUCUCCUUUUACGAUGGUGCGAGUCUACUGAGUUUUGUGCCACAUGUAGGUCAUUAAUUCUCAAACCAUGAACUUGGAGUCAUGUCACUCUUUCCGAUAGAGUAGACAUAAAAAAUAGAGCUCUUCCACUCAAAACUUCCAUUGGUUGAAGUCAUACCUAGAAG